AUGACACCUCAAACCAAGAAGCCAGAGAAGCUGCCAGUUUACGAGCCCAACAUCCCAGAGCCCACAUCCAGAGAGGAACUGAUCCAAUACUGGGUCGAUCUUUCAUUGGAUGAGCGAACUGCCAAUAAAGUGCUGUGGCUGAAAGAGGGUGGAGCCAAGGUGUCCCGCAUGACGAAUGAGGUGUGCCCUUACCUGGACAGGCCAGAAAGAUUUGAACACUGCCCACAGGUACUGUGUAAGGAGUCUAUCUGGGCAUCACGGUGUUAUUGGGAGGUACUAUACUCCGGCUGGGUGUUUGUAGGUGUUACAUACGAGGGUGCAGGGAGGAGGGCAGGCGGCUCUGGCCUUGGGGAGAACGAAGAAUCCUGGGCUCUGGGUUGGGCCGGGUCCCGCUAUGACGCCUGGCAUAACGGAAUAAACACCAGAGUGAAAGACGUGCCUCAAUGCAGCACUAUAGGGGUGUAUGUGGAUCAGCCCGCUGGACUGGUCUGCUUCUAUGCUGUGGAGACAGAGGAAGAUUCCAAGAAAAAGUAUCUGAAACUAAUUCACAGGUUUACGAAUCCCAUACAGGAGAAAAUGCUGCCGGGUUUCUGGAUGGGAAAACAGUCCUCCUGUUUAAUCCUUAAGAAAGAGGAAUGA